AUGCGAAUAUUUUGUAGUAUAUGCAAAGAUAUAUUUAUCCCGGAUUCGGAUAUUUAUGCAACUAAUUGCGGGCAUUUAUAUCACGGCUCUUGUAUUUUUCGAUGGUGUGAAUCACAUAAUUCUUGUCCUCAGUGUAGAUCUGCUCAAAAAUUACAACCAAUAAAAAUAUUCUUGGAUGUUGAAAAGGGUAAUGGACCUGAUGUAAGCGUUUUAGAACAUCAAAUAGAAAUUUUAAAUAAUGAACUACGUGCGAAAGACCUUGAAAACAAGGAAUUAAUUAAAAAUGGGAAAAAGUUUGAAAAGACUAUUAGUUGUUUGGAAGAAUGUACAGCUGGUUACAAAGUUAAAAAUGAUAUGCUUAAAUCAUCUAUAAAAGCAUUAAAAGAACAAAUAGCUGCAUUAACAAAAAAAAGUGAAAAAUCUCAAGAAUUAAAAAAUGAUUUUAAAAUAUUACAAAAUAAAUUGAAGAAUUAUGAGAGCCUCAACACGAUUCUUAACAGUAGUUCUUAUGAAGUUGAAAAAUUUGUUAAAGAAACUCCAGUCACAGAAUUUGGAAUUAGACAGUUAAGUAUUUAUGUUAGUGCACUUAAAGAUAAAACGGAAAAAGAUAGAAGAAAACUUUUAGAGUUGAAUGCCGAAAAAGAAGAAUUACAAAGAGCAUUAGAACAAGAACGUUUGAAAAUCUCUAGUUAUAAACAAAACAGCGAUUUAGAAAAAUUAGAAACUAUGAAGUCGUUUAAAGAAAAUAGUGAAAAAUUAUCGAAAAAAUAUAAAAUUUCAGAAGUGAAAUCGAAGGAUUGUCGAAAAAGGUCAAAUCUUAGUGUUGAUUUCUCUAGCGUUCAAGAGAAAAAAAUUAAAAAAGUAUUAAGUGAUUCAUCCCAAUCGAAAAUUUGUAAAAAAAAAAGUAAUUGGGAAGAAUUUUUAGCAGCAGGUACAAGCAAGCAAUUGGACCUGAGCAAGAAUGAACCUUUACAAGUAAAGUCGAUUAAAUUUGAAUUGGUUUAUAGUGGAAUGGGAGGAAGUAAAAAAUUAAGCUUGGGAAGUAUUUCAAAAUCGGAAGAAAUUUAA